UAUGAUCACACUUCGGUACUGUCAAUUGUCAUACGUUUGUAUAUUGACAGUCUAAAAAAUAAAUUAUUUUUAUACACAUAUUAACAUCAAUAGAGACGAACUCCACUAAUACAUAUAUUUAAUUAAAUAAACGAAAUAAGUAAUUCGUGAAAUACCCAAAAAAUGUCUCUGUCCCCGUAUUUCCGUUCACCCUUUACGGAUAUCGGUGGCGCUAUUGUAAGCCACCAAUGGUUCGGCCCUUGUGCCGAUUUGGAACUCAAGGCAGUUGAAUGUUUGGAAGCCUAUGGUUUGGACAAGGGUGUGAAAAAGUGUCAGCCACUGCUCAAGGAUUUCCAAGAGUGCUCAUUGAAGAUCAAACAGUUUGAAAGGUUGAACGCUAUGAGAAUGGAACGACACAGACAAUAUCUUAGUGGAGAACGUAAAAAGGCUGAUCAUUAUGCACCAGCUCCACCACCAGACAGUUUCUAAAUUAUAUUAAGUUCAGAUUGUAGUCACUUAAUGAUUCGUUGUACAAUAAAAUGUUAAAAAUAA